ACACCCUCUCUUGCUUCUGACCCUCCAUCUCUUCAGUUUAGUGAGUUCCCUUUGUGGCCUGCAACCAUUACAGAAGAUAGAGCUGCAAGUGCUUCAAAGAGUCACAGCCAAGCAGAGAAAAGGCGCAGGGACAGAAUCAAUGCACAACUUGCAACUCUCAGAAAACUCAUUCCCAAGUCUGAUAAGAUCUUGCAUUAUUCCUCCAAUGAUUUUGAUGGUGCCAUUCAGCCUGGACUUAGAGCAUGUUCCAAGCUGGAGAUUCUUGCUUAAUAGACUUAAGUCCAUCUCUUUGUGUUUCUUAUUUAUAAAUGUAUAAUCUUGUGUACUCAAUAGACUUAAGGAUUCAUCCUCUUUUUCUUUUAUUUUAAAAUAGUAAUUAUAAUGGUAACAAUGACAGCA